UCCUUUGACACGAUAUCACAUCCUCUUUGUAACAGCGAGCGCCUCUUUAAAAGGACUACAAUGCCACGUCUAGUACAGGUACUCCUCGCAGCUGGAGCAACUCUUAUAGGCCUCGCCUCUGCACAAUGCAAUCUCACUCCCAAGGCCAACAUCGCUACCGCUGAUGGCGUCGAGUACAAACUCCUGCGCACCGGUCUACAGCGGCCUCGACAUCUUGUUGUCGACACCGAGGGCAAUCUUCUGAUCGCCGAGGCUGGCAGCAAGGGUGUGAGGAGGGUUGUCCUCGAUGGUGGUAAAAACCUCGAUGUUUGCAUCGACUCUUACGACGCCUUGAUUUCUGACGCGAAUCUGAACCACGGCAUUGCUCUCACCGCCGAUGGUAAAACCAUUCUCGUUUCUAGUCCCAGCGAGGUAUACGCCUAUGACUACGAUGCCUCCAAAGGCAGCGUCAGCUCCCGCCGGACCGUCAUCACGGGUAUGGAUGGCUCUUCGACUCAUUCUACUCGCACCUUGACGAUCCCUCUCGCUGGCAAUCCCAACCUGCUGCUCGUGGCUGGCGGAUCCGAUGGUAAUUUGGACACCGAAACUGUGGACAAGGAUGUUGUGCGUAGCCAGGUGAGAGUCUUCAAAAUUGAUGAGCUGUUGACGGCGGAUGCUCCUCUGGAGUAUGGCGGGGCGUCAUUACUUGGCUGGGGUCUUCGUAACAGUGUUGGCUGGGCAGAGGACCCUUCUACGGGACAUAUCUGGUCGGUUGAGAACUCAGUCGACAAUCUUUACCGCGGUGACGUCGAUAUCCAUAACAGCAAUCCUGGCGAGGAACUCAACUUCCAUGGCCUUCCCAAUGACACCUCCAGCGCCCAGUACGGUGCCAACUACGGAUAUCCUGGAUGCUUCGCCAUCUACGACUCCUCCGUCAUCAAUGACUACCCAGGCGGAGCAAAGGUUGGCAAGCAAAUGGCUGGCACGCCGGAGGGAGAGAAGGAUCUGGGAUUCACAGAUGAGGAAUGCCAGGAGAAGCAGGCGCCGAGGAUUACGUUCGGAUCACACCUUGCGCCAUUGGACAUCAAGUUUCGAGAUGGUGGCGCGGCAUAUGUUGCAUUCCAUGGAAGCUGGAACCGCAAUCCUGGUGAUGGCUACCGUCUUAGCAAGGUGGACUUUGCAAACGGCGAACCAGUGUCAGCAUCUGACGACCCUAAAGCUGAAGUGCCGCUGAUGUGGAACACGGACAAUUCCAAAUGCCCUUCAGGGUGUUUCAGGCCGGCGGGCCUGGCGUUUGACAAGUCCGGAAGGCUGUUCAUGACGAGUGACUCGACGGGGGAGCUAUAUGUUGUGAUAGGUGUAUAAGGACUUCCAUCCCUUAGAAAG